AUGCCACCGUUAGGAACACGAUACGCACCUAGAAAGUUUACGGGCAAGGCAGAAGACAUGGUGGCCUUCCUGGAACAUUACAAGCACCUCCUCCACCAGUACAACGUAACGAACGGAAGAGACCGUUGCUACACUAUUCUGCAGUACUGCUCGACACAGGUUAAGCAGUACAUAAAGGGGUUGCGGGAGUACGCCGAUUACGACUGGCGGGCGCUAAAGAAGAACCUGCUAUUCUUCUACGACGCUGAAAAGGGGGAACAUACAUACAAUGCCUGUGAUGUGGUCGAGUUUGCCCAGAAAUCGUGCGAGAAGCUCAUCACCAACCUGGGCCUGUGGAAGAAAUAUUAUAGGAGGCAUAUUCAUGAGGUGUUUUACUUCUGGAUGGGGGUUCACAAGGACCUUUGUACCCCGCUGGAAGCUUGUAUACAGAUGAAAAGACAACUGCACGGCGAGGAUUCGGAAUCAGAGGAGUCAGAAGAUGAUGAGGAGGCAUACUCGGUGAAAGAGAUCUGUGCUGCGGCCCACCAUCACUUCUGCCGAAACAGGUUUAGACCAGGCAAAGAAUCAUCAGGUAGCAAGACGGAUUCGGACGAGGACGACACCAGCGAUGACUCCAAUGCCGAGAAACUGAAGAAAAAGCUGAAGCUCGAGAAGCAGCAUAAGGAGCUCCGGAAGGAGAAGAGGAAGGAGAAAAGGCAGAUGGAACGCACCUCCAAAAUGUCCGGAUCCCCUGCAGAUCUGACUCAGUUGGUAAAGCAGUUGAACCACAUGAAGCCGGACCAUGAGAUGUACGCACCCAUGUAUCUUAAAGCAGUCAUGAUGGAUACAACGGGGCGCGUACGUACCGAAGGGUCGAGCCACCUCGCCCAGCUCCACUCGCGCGCCCCUCGGGCAGCCCGCCACGCGCCUUGCCACCUCAUAUGGAAUACCCUCCUCGUCGCGUCACCCUGGCGUCGGGGACCAACACGGUUCCACAAAGCCAGGAUUGUUUUGGGUUCGGAGACCCGGCGCAUCAAAUAA